AUGGGUAAGCGGAAAGCAGCGAAAGAGGCUGCAGAAGCUGAGCAAGCCGAUGGGGAGAUCGCCGAGGUUGCUGCUCCUCCAACGAAGAUUGCAAAGACAGACGGCCCACUCAGCUGGAAAAACAAGGAGAAGGUCCUCUUGCUAUCAUCCAGAGGCAUCACGCACAGGUAUCGGCAUCUCAUGUUGGACUUGAUCCAGCUGCUGCCGCACUGCAAGAAGGACGUGAAGCUGGACACGAAGACAGACCGGAUGGUCAUCAACGAAGUUGCAGACAUGAAGGGCUGCAGCAGCGUGAUCUUCUUUGAAGCUCGCAAGAAGAAGGAUCUGUACGUCUGGCUGUCCAAGUCGCCCGAUGGGCCUUCUGUCAAGUUCCUGGCUGCAAAUGUGCACACCCUUGCAGAGCUGAAGCUUGGAGGCAACCAUCUGAAGGGUUCCCGGCCGGUGCUGAGCUUUCAUGCGGCAUUUGACGAGCAGCCGCACCUGCAGCUGUUGAAGGAGAUGCUGACUCAGGCAUUUGCCACGCCCAAGCGGCACCCCAAGAGCAAGCCCUUCCUGGACCACGUGAUCAACUUCAGCGUCGCAGAGGGCCGCAUCUGGCUGCGCAACUACCAGGUAGUGAUGACGCCAGGCAAGAAGGGCAAGGUGACGACAGAGGAGAUGUCCCUGGUGGAGGUGGGGCCGAGGGUGUGCCUGCAGCCCAUCAAGAUCUUUGCCGGCAGCUUCGGUGGCCCUGUGCUCUAUGAGAACCCAGGCUAUGUCUCGCCCAACAAGAUCCGUGCGGAGAUCAAGAAGCAGAGCGCUGGGAAGUACAGUUCGAAGGUCAAGGCUCGCGGCCGCAGACGGGAGCAUGUUGCUGCCAACCCCAUUCCCAAGGACGAGCUUGGCGAUGUGUUCAAGUGA